AUGGAACACAACGCUGCAUGCAGAGAGCAUGAUAGUUUGGCGAGAGUACUCCGCCUCGAUAUCGAUCCCUCGACGUUCAAGCCGGAUAACGUGCGCCAGGCGGCGUUGGCUCCAUUGAUUCGAAAGGCCAUUGAUAUGGACCCUGCGCAGGCUCCCCUUAUGAUCAAGACGCUGAAAAAUUACCUAAAGACCUUUGAUAACUGCGGUGAUGAUUUUGAAAAGAUGGACAAGUACAUGCCAUAUCGUAUCCCUAACUGUGGUUAUUGGAUCUCGUCAUUCUUUAUCCGCUGGGGUAUGGAUAUCACCCUGAGCAAGUCCGGUUACGAGCCCAUCCGGCAAUAUGACAUUGCAAUGGGCAAUGUCCUUGGUCUGACGAAUGACUACUUCAGCUGGAAUGUCGAGAAGGACUAG